ACGCUGAUUUCCCUGGAAAGAGUGUGGAGGGGUCAUCGUCAGAUGUGGAGGAGAUGGAGAGAGCGUGGCAGCGAAGCGAGUGGAAGGACUGGAGGCUGGAAGUACAGGAGCAGCUGCUGGCCCUGCGGCACUGGCUGGACGCUGUGGAGAAGAGGCUGCCCGCCCUGCCGGAGCAAGGCCCAGCCCUGCAGGUGGCCUCCCGGGCUGUGCCCGUGCUGGAGGAGGCUGUGGGUGCCGAGCGAGCCCAGGACACACUUGAGAGCCUGCUGGCCUGGGUGGCAGACAUGGAGGAGCUGGUGAGCAACCAGAAGCCGCCCUCCUCAGAGGUGAAGGUGGUGAAGGCCCAGCUGGAGGAGCAGAAGCUCCUGAAACGGCUCCUGGAGGAGCGUCGGCCGCGAGUGGAGCAUGUCCUGCAGGACAGGCUGCCGCUGCCAGAGGAGGAGGGCGGCAGCCUCCGCAGCCUCAGGGAGAAGUGGGGCAAACUGAUGCAGGAGGCUGAAGCCAGGCACGGCUGCCUGGAGUGCAUCUUGCCAGCCGCACAGGGCUUCCAGGAGGCCGUGGACCCCUUCCAGGAGUGGCUCGGCACCACGGAGCGGCGGCUGGCCCAGCUCUGGAGAGCCGACGGCUCCGUCAGCCGCCUGCAGGACGCCCACCAGCAAAUCCAGGGCCUCUGCGAGGAGAUCCGUGCCCGGCUGGGAGAGCUGGAAGGGGCCCUGGAGAGCGGGCAGCGGGUCCUGGAGAUGGUGACAGGGGAGGAGGCCCAGCUGGCGCAGGAGAAGAUGGAGUCCUUGAGGAUGCGAUACCUCAUCGUGGGCCAGAGCAGCGCCGACACCAUGCAGCGGCUGGAGCAGACCCUGGAGGCCUCAUCCCACGUGGGCACUGCCCAGGAGGACCUGGCCCUUUGGCUGGGCCGCAUGGAGAAGGAGCUGGCCUCCUGGGACAGCCAGCACAGCGACCAGGAGCUCCUGGUCAGCACAAGCGACAAAGAAAAGUUCGAGCAGAUCCUGGACUCUGAACUCGCCCACUUGACUGGACUCAGUGGGCGGCUGGAGGAGAUUGGCCAGGUGCAGCUGGACGCGCAGGCCCUCCGCGCCCAGCUCUCCGAUCAGAAGCUGCUCUCUGCUGAGAUCCUACACCACCGGGGACUGGUGGAGCGUCUGCUGGGGAUCUCGGAGCCGCUGCUCCAGUCCUGCCCUGAGCCCCUGCAGCAGCACCUCCAGUCCUCAGUGCAGGCACUGCAGGAGUGUGCGGAGCAGCUUUUCCUGCGGAGUGGAGCCUGCACCGUGCAGCUGGAGCACACUCAGUCCUUACUGGCCCAGUUCUCCGAGGCCCAUGACGAGCUGUCGCCCUGGCUGGAGGAGACACAGGUCAUAGGGGUGCAACUUUCCCCAAACGCCAUCAGCUACGAGGCCUUGAAGGAACAGCAAGCGCUGCUGCAGUGCCUGCGGGAGGCGAUUGCGGAGCACCGGCCGCUGAUGGGGAAGCUGCAGCGUGUCUCUGCCCGGCUGGUGGAGCUGAGCCCGGAGCAGGGCGCCCCAUUCCAGCGGCGCUGCCAGGAGGCCGAGGAGCAGUAUGGUCGCAUCCGCGAGCGUGUGCGCCAGGCAGCUGUGUUGCUGGAAGAUGCCCUCCCACGUUACAGCCAGCUGACCGAGCGCAUGGACCUGCUGCUGGAGUGCCUGGAGCGGCUGCAGAGCCGCCUGCAGACCCCGCCGGCGGUCCGGGGCGAUGCGGCCCACCUGCGGGAGCAGCUCCGCGAGAACAGCCUGGCCCUGGGGGAGCUGGAGAAGCUGGGGGUGGCGCUGGAGACGGUCCAGGCGCAGGGCACUGAGCUGCUGGACAGUAUGCAGGCAGCAAACUCAGACGCCGCAGCGAGAGUGAUCCAGGAGCGCACGGCCCAGCUGCUGUCACAGUGGGGCUGCCUGCGGGCCCGCUGCGAGGAGCAGGAGCGCUGGCUGCAGGAGCUGCUGGCUCUGGCCGACCGCUUCUGGCAUGGCCUCUCCGAGCUGGCCCUGACACUCAGCGACACCCAGCAGCUGGUGCUGGGCCUGGAGGAGGCUGGCGUUGAGCCCGAGUCCGUGCGCACGCGGCUCCGCACCAUGCAGGCGCUGCGGGAGGACAUUGACUCCCUGCAGGGUGACCUGGACACUCUGGGCAUCCUGGGCGUGGAGCUGAUGUCCUCCUGCGGGGAUCCUGACAAGCCCGACGUCACCAAGAGCCUGGAUGAUCUCUACUCCUCCUGGCACAGCCUGAACAAGGUGUGGACAGAGCGGUAUGGCCACCUCGAGGAGCAGCUCCAGGCCUCCCUCAGCUACCAGGAGACCAUGCAGCGGCUGUUCGAGUGGCUGGAUGCGGCUGAGCUGCGCAUUGCGGAGGAGUUCCUUGUCGGUGGUGACCUGGACAUGGUGCAGCAGCAGCUGGCGGAGCUCAAGGAGUUCAAGAGGGAGCUCUACCAGUGCAAGGUGGACGUGGAGAGCCUGCGGCACCACACUGGCCCAGGCAGUGCUGGGCACACAGACCCACCAGCAUCGCUCAGUGACUUCCGCCAGCGCUGGGAUCGCCUCGAGGAGGAGAUAGUCAGUCGCCAGCACCAGCUGGAGGCGGCUCUCCUGGGCCUGGGGCAGUUCCAGCACCAGCUGGAGGAGCUGCUGCAGUGGCUGUCCCGCACCUCCGAGCAGCUGCAGGGCCCGACCCUGCUGCGGCUCGACCUGCAGAGCUGCGAGAUCGAGCUGGCCAAGCACAAGGUGCUGAGGAACGAUGUGAUGUCCCAUGCCCACACGGUGCAGUCUGUCAACGAGGCUGGGCAGGGCUUGCUGCUCUCCAGCCUGGGGGAGAGCAUGGAGGGGCUCCAGCGCAGCCUGCAGCAGCUCAACCAGCGCUGGGAUGCGGUGCAGAGCGAGACCGAGAGCCGCCAGCUGGAGCUGGAGAACAACCUCAGCCAGGUGCAGGACAUCACACUGGAGAUCACGGAGCUGCUGCAGUGGCUGGAGCACGUGGAGCUGCAGCUCUUCUUCUCCAAGCCGGCCUGGGGCCACCCAGACACCACCAAAGAGAAGCUCACCACGCACCUGGAACUGUGUAAGGAGAUGGAGUCGAAGCAGCAGGCGUACAACAGCAUGCGGGACCGGCUGCAGCACCUGCUGGCCUCCUGCCGCACCGCCCGGCCCUGCAGCACUGAGCAUAGCCUCCGCAUCCUGGAGCAGAAGUGGGAGAGCGUCUAUGCCGAGGCGCAGGAGAGGAAGGAGCGCCUGGUGGAGGGGCUGACAGCCACCACCGAGUUCCACGGCACCAUGCAGGACCUGCUGCGCUGGAUGGGGCACGCGGAGGAGAUCCUCAGCUCCCCCGCGCCACCCAGCUUUGUGCUGGACACUGUCACCGCGCAGAUCCAGGAGCACAAGGCCCUGGUGAAGGAGGCACACGCUCACGGGGAGAAGCUCGGCGGCUUGGAGGCUGCUGCAUCUCGCCUGAAGGACUUCAGCCGGAAGCAGGAUGGCACUGUGAUCCAGAACCUCGUGCUGACGGCCAAGGAGCGGCUGGCCAAGGUGCUUCAGCGGACCUCGGAGAGAGGAGCAGCACUAGAGGAGGCCCGCAAGCGCACGAAGCAGUUCAGUGAGUCCCGGCGGCUGCUCCUGGACUGGAUGGACGAGGUGGAGCAGAUCUUGGAGGUGCCCAACGACACUGCCACCAGCCAGGAGGAGAUCAAGUGCCAGCUGGCUGAGCACAAGGCUUUCCAGAAGGUGCUGCGCUCCAAGCGGCCUGUGUACGAGGCCACGCUGCGGAGCGGGCGGGCUCUGCGGGAGAGAGCCCAGCUCCCCGAGGACCUGCAGCCACUGGAGGAGCUGCUGGGAGAGCUGAAGGAGCGCUGGGACGCCCUGUGCAGCCGGGCUGUCGAGAGGCAGCACAAGCUGGAGGAGAACCUGCUCUUCUCGGGCAAGUUCACGGACGCACUGCAGGCUCUCAUGGACUGGCUGUACCGGGCUGAGCCGCAGCUCAGUGAGGACGUGCCCGUCGGAGGGGACCGGGACCUGGUCAGCGACCUCAUGGACAAGCAUAAGGUUUUCCAGAAGGAGCUGGGCAAGCGAGCCAGCUGCAUCAAGAUGCUGAAGCGCUCAGUGCGAGAUCUGACCCGUGGCAGCAGCAGCGUGGACUCACAGUGGCUGCAGAGGCAGAUGGAGGAGCUGAGCACCCGCUGGGACCUGGUCUGCAAGCUCUCAGUCUCCAAGCAGGCCCGGUUGGAGGCAUCGCUCCGGCAGGCAGAGGAGUUCCACACCCUGGUGCACACCUUCCUGGGGCGCCUCUCUGAGUCAGAGAAAACCCUCAAGUAUGGCAUGUUCCCUGAGGAGGAUGCGGCGGUGCAGGAGUGCCAACACCAGCUGCAGGAGCUGAUGAAGUCCCUGCAGUGUCAGCAGCUGGAGCUGGAGUGCAUCACCUCACUGGGGGAAGAGAUCCUUGCCACCUGCCACCCCGACUCCAUUAUCACCAUCAAGUCCUGGGUCACAGUGGCCAAGAGCCGCUUCCAAGAGGUGCUGAGCUGGGCCCAGCAGCAGGGCGAGCGGCUCCAGGCCCAGGCAGCCAGCCUUGCUGCCGAGCGCGAGGAAAUGGCCCAGCUCAUCGACUGGAUCACAGCCGCCGAGGAGGCGCUGAGCCUGCGGGACCAGGAGCCACUGCCCGAGGACGCUGAGCAGCUGGAGGAGCUCAAUGCCCAGCAUGUGGUGUUCAUGGAAGAGCUGAACCGCAAGCAGCCCGACGUGGAGAAGGUCACCAAGAGCUGCAAGCGGAAGCUGGCCGUGGAGCUGGGCCCGCCGGCCACCCGCCGGCUGGCCACACGGCGCCGCAGCACGGGGAAGGCACAGGGCGCCCCGGUGGUGCCGCUUGGGGGGCUGGAGCCCCAGACACCCCUCAUGGCGCAGCUCCUGCACCGCUGGCAGCAACUCUGGCUCCUGGCCCUGGACCGGCAGUACCGGCUGGAGACAGCCCUGCAGCGUCUGCGAGAGCUGGAGGAGUUUGCUCACUUCGACUUUGGGGUCUGGCGGAAGCGUUACAUGCAGUGGAUCGGCCAAAUGAAGUCCCGCAUCCUGGACGUUUUCCGGGGCAUUGACAGGGACCAGGACGGGCGCAUCAGCCAGCGGGAGUUCAUCGAGAGCGUCCUCGCCUCCAAGUUCCCCACCAACAUCCUGGAGAUGAAGGCUGUGGCAAGCAUCUUUGACUUGAACGGCGAUGGCUUCAUUGACUACUACGAGUUCGUCAGCGCCCUGCAUCCUAACCGGGACCCGCUGCGCAGGACCGCUGACGCAGACCAGAUCCAGGACGAGGUGAACAGGCAGGUGGCCCAGUGCAACUGUGCCAAACGCUUCCAGGUGGAGCAGAUCAGUGCCAACAGGUACCGGUUCGGGGAGUCGCAGCAGCUGCGGAUGGUGCGGAUCCUGCGUAGCACCCUCAUGGUGCGCGUGGGUGGCGGCUGGAUCGCGCUGGACGAGUUCCUGGUGAAGAACGACCCCUGCAGAGUGAAGGGAAGAACCAACCUGAAGAUCAACGAGAAGUACCUGUCCCCAGAUGCCUUUGGGGCCGCCGCGGCCAAGUGCGCGGGGAACCAGUCGGCCCCCUCCUCCAAAGUGCUGUCCCCAAGCCGCUCCAGCUCCAGCCUCAGCCUCUACAGCAGCGCUUCGGCGCCCAGCAGCCCCCUGGCCAGGAAGUCAGUGCUGCGGCGGACGCGCUCCGGAGACCGGUGUCCCCGCUCCCGCGGCUCCCUGCUGCCCGACGGGGCUGAGCUGCAGUUCACGGCGGCUGAGGAGAGCCUGGACGUGGCACCCCCAGAGCCGCCCAACGGGUCCCCGCCGGAGCACUGCAGCCCCUGCCGCUGAGCACCCUGCAGCCACCUGGCCCCGUGCAGCGGCCGCCGCACGUGGCCCCUUGGCCAGCCCCACUCAGGACUCUCCGCCCCGAGGCCGGAGGAUGGUGAAGCGGCUCAGGCAUUGCUGCGCCCCGCAGGACCCCAGCCAAGGGCGGCUGCCCUGCGUACCCCAGCCCGGUGCUGCAGCCGCACCGCGGCACCCGCGUGCAAGGGCUGUGCUGUCUGUCCGUCACCCAUCCCCCUGGGCCUGGUCCCAGCUUAUAUGCAAGCCCCCCCAUCCCCAACACACACCAAACUGCUGCCGGGCUCUGUCUGGCAUGGCUCAGCCCUGCUCUGGCCAGGCAGCACUUGCGGGGGCCCCGCGCAGCACUGCCACAGUGCAUGUGGGGUCCCGGUGCAGCACUGCCUUGGUGCAUGCAAGGGUCCCAUGCAGCACUGUCUCGGUGCACACAGGGGCCCUGCACGAUGCUGCCCCAGUGCAUGUGGGGUCCCUGUGCAGUGCUGCCCCAGUGCACACGGGGGCCCUGCAUGGUGCUGCCCCAGUGCAUGUGGGGUCCCUGUGCAGUGCUGCCCCAGUGCAUGCAGGGGCCCCAUGCAGCACUACUGAGCGUCCUGCAGCCGUCAGGUGAGCUGGGGCUGCCACAGCCUGAAUGGGCCCUGCCUGCAGCCUGCACCAUCAUGACUGCUGCCAGAGCCCCGGUGCUGGCGCUCGCUGGCCGGGGGCCCCCGGCCCACAGCUGGCGCCCCGAGGCAGAGUGGCUGGGCUCUGCAGCCAGGCACCGGGGCCCCUCGCCGGAUGCAGAGCCCCAUUUCUGGUGCUAACCCUCACCCCUUCGGCCAUCGGUGCGUGUGCCCCCACCCUGGGCGGCCCUGUGGCCAGAGCCCCCAUCCCUCUGCAGCAUCCCUCCAGCAGCAGGGCCCCGCCGACGCAUGUUCACCGCCAUCCCGCUAACCGGACAGCAGUAGAGCUGAAUGUAACCCUGGUCUGGGCACGGCCCUGCCAGUCACAAUAAAGAGUAGAUUUCUUUUUCUAUAA